AUUAAAAAGUGAAAAAAAGUGGAAAAUUCAAAAGAGAGGGGAGGGUGUCGAGCGCCGUUCGCCGAGCGUGAGCGAAAGGGGCGGACUCCCGGUCAUUCAGCAAUCAAUCGAGAUAGCGGAGCUCGAGGAGGCCGAGGCUAUGGCGACGGAGUCGUCGGAAGGAGAAGACGAUGUGAAGCUUACAGGAGGAAAUCAAGUUCUCGUGGUUGAAGACGAUCUCAGAGAAAUGGGGAAAAAGGCCGCUUGGAGUGUUAGCUCGUGCAAACCUGGGAAUGGCGUCUCCGCCCUACGCGAUGAUAACCUUGAAACUUAUUGGCAAUCUGAUGGCGCUCAACCUCAUUUGGUGAACGUUCAAUUUCAGAAGAAAGUGAAAUUGCAGCUGGUUGUUCUCUACGUAGAUUUUAAGCUUGACGAGAGCUACACGCCGAGUAAGGUAUCUAUUCGCGCAGGGGACGGCUUCCAUAAUUUGAAGGAAAUAAAAACCGUGGAGCUCGUUAAGCCAACUGGUUGGGUUUAUUUAUCAUUGUCCGGAAGUGAUCCAAAGGAUACAUUUGUGAACACUUUUAUGUUGCAAAUUGCUGUUCUAUCAAAUCACCUCAAUGGCAGGGAUACUCAUGUCCGGCAGAUCAAAGUUUACGGGCCUCGACCGAACCCAAUUCCUCAUCAACCAUUUCAAUUUACUUCAAGAGAGUUCAUCACUUAUUCUACUAUAAGAUGACCAAAAAAAGCUGACGAGACAUGACUGAUGCUUGUUCCAACAGCAAAAACCAAUUUGUAUGUAUAUUUUGUCUCAAGUUAUAUAGAAUUCUUGUGACCUUACCAAUUAAUCAACCCGAAUCACAUCGAUAAUUUUUUAACCAGGAAGUCGUGUCGUAUUUAGGUAGUUGAAAGUAGGACUGUACCUCGAAAACUUUAGGAGAUUCGAUUUUUUUUAACUGUCAUGUAAUAUUUAUUGCAAA